AUGAGUGCCAGGGCCACACGGCCCCGAAGCCGGCGAGGGAGGCACGCUCUGCCCGGUGAGCUGGACCCUGUGGCAGAGAGUUCAGAAGAGGCUGAGGCAGCCAGUGGGAGCUCCGAGCCGGGCCCUGUGCCAUCUCAGGAUAGCUGCAAGCCAGAGCCGCUGGGCCCUGAGGCGGAGGCCAAAGGUCAGGGCCUGGAGAGCAGAACUUUCCAUGUCUCACCUCUUCACAGGACUGACAAAGAAGUUGAUGGGGACUCUAGCAGGGGACCUGCUCCAGCCCCCGAGGGGCCCUAUGAGCCUGCCCAGGAAGCCCAGCAGGCCCCAGAGGCAGCCCCACGGGACAGGGAGAAUGUCCCCUCUGGACCCAGAGCCCCUGACGUGUUUCAGACUCUCCAGCAAGCCCUGAGCUCUCUGGAAGCCACUGCUGCUGCCUGGCGCCACCAGCCCCCAAGAUGUCCUGGGCCGUUGGAGGCAAAGGACAGAAGCGAGGGGGGACCAAAGCCCUGCUUGGAGCAGGAGCAGGCUGGGAGCUGCCAGCGGGAUGCAGCCCGAUUGACUGAAAGGAACGCCUGGCUGCGUUUGGCCCUGGGCAGCCGUGAGGACGAGCUGAUCCGCACACAGAACUCCCUGAAGGCCUUCCAGGCUGAGAAGGAGAUGCUGCAGAGAGAGGUCCAGGAGCUGCAGGAUUCCCUGCUGAGGCUGAAGCCCUUCCCACCUCCCUCCUGUGACCAAGCAGGCGGCUCGGGUAGUGGUUCCAGCAGCUCUGGGGCUGAUGGGGAGACCUGGGGCACUCAGGAUCCCUUCUCCCUGGCUCACCCCCUGCUCCGGCGCCUCCAGAGUGAUUCCAGCACCCAGAUGCUUGGGUCUCUCCCCACCCAGCUCCUUGCCCCCGAGAUGCACAUCAUGGAAGCCCAGAUGGAGCAUCUCCAGGGGAACAUUGAGAAGCUCAAAUGCUUCAACCGUCUGCUGUCAGCUGUGCUCCAGGAGUACAAGGGCCGGUGUGAGGGCCUCAGCAUGCGGCUGGGCCAGCGGGAGGCUGAGGCCACUGCAUUGCGUCUAGCCUUGCAGUAUAGUGAACACUGUGAGGAGGCAUAUGGGGCCUUGCUCACUCUUCGGAAGGCAGACUCAGGAGCAGGAGAAGGAGCCUUCAUGGAUGACUUGGAGGCGGCUGAGAAGGAAGCUCAGAGGCUUCUGGUGCAAGAGGAGGCUGCCAUGGAUGGAGGGAUACUGCAGGAUCCACGUCCAAGCCCUGAGGGCAGCAGUGUGGAUAGGCCGACACCACAGGAGGUGGCUAUACAGCUCCAGGGCUACGUCAAGCGUCUUCAGGAAUGCCGUGCUCUGGUGAAGAUUCCCCCAGAGCCUGGUCCCACCUUGGCACCCAUGUCUGCUGUGCCCCGUGCAGAAGCCAUGGUGCAGGCCAUUCUGGGGACCCAGCCUGGCCCAGCCCUGCCCCGGCUGGAGAAGAUGCAGAUCCAGGAGGACCUGGUGGCCACACGGGAGACCCUAGCAGACCUGAUGCUUCAGCUACAGCUGGUGCGGCGGGAGAAGCGGGCUCUGGAGCUGCGGGAGGCUGCCCUCCGAGCCCAGGGCCCAGCCCACGUGCUCCUGCUGGAGCAGCUGCGCUGGGAGCGUGCAAAGCUCUGGACUGGUGGGGCCAACAGCAGUGGUGGAGACAGCAGUGGAGGCGGGAGCAGUGGAGAUGAAGAGGAGUGGUCCCAGGGCCCUCCGGCUCUCCCUGGUGGCAGCAGGGCUGUUGAUGGAGGCCAAGUGAGCAAAGUGCAGAACCCAGAAGAGGUAGCCCAGGAACUGUCAGCAUCACUCACCCGGGCUCUGAGCCUGCGGGAGCAGCUGCAGUCCUUGCGGGAAGAGCUGGAAGAGGUGGCUCAGAAGGGGCGAGCCAGACGUGCUCAGAGUACUGAGCUGAACAGUGAUUUAUGCAAAGCUCACAGUGCCCUGGUCAUGGCCUUCCGUGGUGCCCACCGGAAGCAGGAAGAGCAACGGCGGAAGCUGGAGCAGCAGGUGGCACUAAUGGAAGCCCGACAGGCAGAGGAGCUGGCAGUGCUGGAAGCUACCGCAAGGGCCCUGGGGAGGCCCAGACCGCCCUGCCUGCCUCCCCGGCCAGGGGGGACCUUUCUAUAA